GGCAAAAGCAGGAAGAAGAGCACAGAACUUUAACCACAUGUGAGUUUCUGUCUAGUACUGACAAUUUGAAAGCUGAUGUCAUUCUUGGAGGACAUUUAUCAGCGCUGAGCAGAAGUGGUGCUGCCCGUUCUUCUUACCUCGACACCGGCUGAAGCUUUGCCAACUGCCGAGAGAUGGAGUGUCAGUGUGAAAAACACACCCCUGAAGAUGCAGGCUGGUGGAUGAACGCCAACAGUGUCCAGAUGGGGGCUUUUACCGUGGUGGGGUAUCUCCUCUACAGGUUCUCACAGACUCUCCCAGCUCUGAUCCGAUGGCCAAUUCGUCUCUUUUGUUCUUUAACUGGUCUGUCAGCUCUCUGGGGGUGGAUAAGCCGGCUUGUAGGAACCCUCCAAGGAAUCCAGAGCUUGUUUAAGUGGCUGUCUCGGAUUUGGCGCUUUCUAGCUUCAUUUUCCUCAAAGUUCAAGUGGAUCGCUGCUGUCAUCAAAGCUGUCACCGAUUUAUUCAGAAACGGAUCUUUGGAGUCUCAGAUCGAUCCAACCAUUAGCAGCUUACUGAACCAAAUGUGUGAUCCCUCUGGAAGCAGCAUUCCCAAGACACCAGGUCUUAGGCUGAUCCUUCUGGGGCCUGCUGGUGCAGGACGGACCUCCCUAGCAGAUACUAUAAUGAACAAUAGUGAGAGAAGAACCACCAAAGGUCCUCUAAAGAUGAGUACCAUGCAAAGGGCCGUCGUAGAUGGUAGAGAACUUACAGUAAUUGAGACUCCAGAUCUUUUGGGGACGUCACUGGGGAACAAAAAGAAAGCUAUGGAAAUUCUGAGGAGUGUGCAGCUCGCCAGUCCCGGACCACACGCCUUUCUGCUGGUGUUGCGUGCUCCAGGCUCCACCACUGACCAGGAUGCAGUCCAAGCGGUCCGAGCCACACUGGAACUGUUCGGAGUGGAAGUCUUGGAGUACGUUAUCCCAGUGCUCACUCAUGCAGACCGUCUGGGCCGAAGGCUUACUGUAGAUCAGCUGCUUGAUGCAGAUGCUGGGAGUCUGAAAAGGGCUGUGUCACUGUGUGGCCAGAGGCCUGAGCUGGUGGAUAGCAGGCCAGACCGCCCCCCAGAGGAACGAAGUGUUACAUGCAGGCAGCUUGUGGAGCAUGUGAGCGAGAUAAAAGAGCUGAGGGGGCAUUUUGUCCACGAGCUUCAGAGAAGAGAGGACCGCAUCAGGGCAGAGCUGCUGGCUGAUAUGACCUCUGCACUGGCUAGAAAACUGGGAAAUAUGUAAAGAGAAGAAGAAUGAGAGUUACAUGCAAAAAGGUGGAAGGAUCUAUUCAUUUGUUAAUCAUUGAAUUUGGACUUUGACAGCCGGUUUCCCAGUCAUGGAUUAAGCAUGGUCCUAGACUAAAAGGAAAAAGUCAAUGAAGACCACAAUAGGAAAAAGUAUUUAGUCCAGGAUUAGACUUAAUCCCUGUACGGGAAGCUGGGCCUGAGUGUGCAUAUAUUUAUUUGUGUGGUCCUGUGGUUCUGUCCUACUGUUUUGCCCUCCCAUGUUCUUCAUAAUUUAUAAGAGAUAUCCAACUGUAAAGAUGACCAUGGAAAAUAAAGUGAAGUUAUAAUAAUUAUUAGAUAUAAUUACAAAUAGUGCAGCAGUACAGUUUAAUGAAUUCUUUGUGUUCUCCUUUGUGUUAAACAGCUGCUAAAUAGUUAAAUGUUUACUUAUGACUUCUGAUUUUAUGGCCUAUAUUCAUGUAGCUGUAGUGAUCAGACAGCUUUGCCAGGUUGAUAAACAUUAAGUUGAUGAAUUAGUCUGACUGUAAUACAUAAAAGUCGUCACUAGUUGCAAAAUCAGCCUUUAAAAAAUGGAUGUUUUAUUUAAGUUACUUAUGUUUAUAUUCUUCUUCCAAAAGAUUUGUUCUGUGUAAUAUUUUUUUUCCCUUUUUUGUGGAACUCAUAUGGAAAAAUAUAAAAGCCAGAAUUAGUUUCCUUGUAUUACACUUGCCUUUUGAUUGUGGAUAGUUAAAAAUGUCCAGAUUUAUCAUUGUAUUACUGGGCUGCAUUGGUUAUUAUGUUUCAUUUUUCAACAAAUGUUACUACUCAUUGGACUCUUAUGGUCUCUUUUCCCCAGGUAUUUAUACUCGAACACAGUGAGAGUAUUUAUUAACUUUUGGUAUUGUGUGAAAUAUUUAAAAGUACCAAAGUCUCUGUCACAAAAAUGCAGAUAUUUGAUUUAAAGUUUGGCCUUCUAAAGGACUCAAAAACGUUCAGGAUCUGUUUCCUCUAAGCUCUGAAUUAUUGAGUCUUUUGAACAACUGAGGCAUGAAUUUCAUCUCGGUAGAAAAUAUAUUUUUAAAAUAUCUACAGUAUAUAAGACAAGUGAUGUGACACUUUGCACUAGUAAGAAUAACAGGUAUAUCUGAAGGUCUGACACUUUCUGAACUUAAAUUUGUUUUUUGUGUGUAAAUCCGAACAAUUUAUUUGCUGUUUUCUUUUUUCUGAAGUACUUUUUUUUCAGAUGACGGGGUUGCCAUAGCCAUUCUUCAGUUGUUCUUUUGUUUUCUUUCUUUCUUU